AUGAAUGAAGAAGUUCCUCAAGAUGAUGCCAAUACAACUACCGCUCCAAGGGCGCUGGUUAUUUGCGGCGUUCUACUGCUUAUAGCGCUCGCUUUGUAUGUUCUUCGAAUUUACACGCGCUUCCGUCGAGUUUAUAAAAUCCGAGCCGAGGAUCUCAUAAUAUCGCUAGCAGUGGCCUUGGAGAUAGUAGCAUACUCCAUGAUGGCUGCGGCAGCUUCCUAUGGCCUUGGUCGACACGACAAAUUUGUUACACCAGGCAACAGAGCCCAGGCCCUGCGCUUCGUCUUCACAUACGAAAUGACGGUAUCUAUUCAACUCGCAGCAGCGCUCGCUUCGACCAUCUGUCUCUUUAUCCAGUGCAGACCCUUACGUGCCAUGUGGGAUGUCGUCCCCGACGCUAGAUGCUGGGCGCCGCCUCAGCUGCAUAUAUAUGGCUUUGUGUAUACUGGUAUCGGCAUCCUUACCGACGUCAUAUUCGUUAUCAUGCCAUUACCCAUAAUCUGGCGACUACAUCGACCUUUACGAGAGAGGCUCAUAAUCGCGUUCCUCUUGUCUCUGAUCCUCUGUGCUACGGCUGCCGCUAGCGUAAAGCUCUACUAUGUACGAGUCAUUGUGCUUGAAGGAGAGCAGCUCCGGUCACUAGUGGCGCCAACGUUAUGGAGCAGAAUCGAAGAGAUCGCCCUUAUUGCUGCCGCUUGUGCACCUUCGUUAAAGUCCUCGACUGAAGAUGGUCUACGCCAGUGUUGGCAUUGUUGUGCAAGACAUCGUCAGCAAGAGCGAUCGAGCAGUUGUGUAUCUGAAUCGGACCGUUCCAGUUUACGCGCCUUUUUGGAUCAGUAUGUGUCUGCGUCACUGCGUGUGCCGGAGCGGGCGUACCGGAAACUUGAGGGAGUCUGA